AACAGCUGUUCGUGUGGGUGUUUGAUUUUUAAUGUGCCGCUUUUAUCUAUAAAUAUUAACAUUAAUAAAACAAAUGGCGCCGCCACGUGCGAGCAAUCGUCCUGCUGCACGACGUAAGAAGUCCAGCAAUCUGUGGCAGUCGCUGCAAAACAAAUACCUCAACUGGAACUUUGUAAAAUAUUUGAUAUUCGAGCCGGCAGCGCUGCCGUUCGUGGCAGUGCUGAUUGUUUUGGCUGAGGCUGUUAUCAACGUGGUUGUUAUACGCCGAGUGCCCUAUACGGAAAUCGACUGGGUGGCUUAUAUGCAGGAAUGUGAGGGCUUUUUGAAUGGCACUACAAAUUAUGCGCUGUUGCGAGGCGAUACUGGUCCUUUGGUCUAUCCAGCAGCGUUUGUUUAUAUAUACUCCGCCUUAUAUUAUAUAACGGCGCAUGGCAGCAAUGUUCGUUUGGCACAAUAUAUUUUCUCCUGCAUUUAUUUGCUGCAGAUGAGUCUCGUACUUAGACUUUACGGAAAGAGUAAGAAGGUGCCGCCAUAUGUGUUGGUUCUAAGUGCAUUUACUUCCUAUAGAAUACACUCGAUAUACGUGCUGCGCCUGUUUAAUGAUCCAGUUGCAGUGCUGUUGUGCUAUGCUGCCUUAAAUCUAUUUGUGGAUCGUCGCUGGACGCUGGGCAGCAUACUCUUCAGCUUGGCUGUGGGCGUAAAAAUGAAUAUAUUAUUGUUUGCGCCGGCGCUGCUCCUGUUCUAUUUAGCCAAUCUUGGCGUGCUACGUACAAUAAUGCAGCUGGGCAUAUGCGCCGUGGUGCAGUUGCUGUUGGGCGCACCCUUUCUGCUUACUUAUCCUUGGGAAUAUCUUCGUGGCAGCUUUGACUUGGGACGGAUCUUUGAGCACAAAUGGACAGUUAAUUAUAGAUUUCUCACCAAAGAAUUCUUCGAGCAGCGUGAAUUCCAUCUCUGCCUGCUGGGCUUGCAUUUGUUGCUGCUUUUAAUCUUUGCCAAACCCACUUGGACAUAUUUCAAGAGCUAUGCAAGAUUACGUCAAGCGCAGCGUGAGCUACAGCCGCAAAUAAAACAGGCACAGACGCAAAAGAAAUUCGAGCAGCAGUCGGGAGUCCAGGCGCCAUUAACAGGCAAACAACGCAGCUUUCUUAAGGCCUUCGAGCGGGGUCUGCAGCAGAGCACGGGUACUACAAAAUCCACCGGCUACGAUAUACACUUUGAACAGUGCACCCAGUUGGCUUUGCUGCCUUUCUUUCUCUACAAUUUUAUAGGCGUCGCCUGCGCACGCUCUUUACAUUAUCAAUUUUAUGUUUGGUACUUUCAUAGUCUCCCGUAUCUGGUCUGGUCUACGCCGUAUUCGUUAGGCGUGCGUUAUUUAAUACUCGGCAUUAUUGAGUACUGCUGGAACACUUAUCCCAGCACGCAGCUGUCCAGUGGAGCCCUUCAUGUGACCCACUUGCUCUUGCUUGUAGGCAUUGCUUAUCAAUUGUUCUUUAAAAUGCGCUCAAAGGCGGAUAAUAAUAGUCAAGCCACAAACGGCUUGGCAAAGAAACAGCAAUAA